UCCAUUACGCGCUUUCGCAAAUCUUUGCCCGCUCCUUCUCUCUCUCUCUGCUUUUGAGUGUAACACACACAGCUAUAGAAAUGGAGACAAUCACGAAACUUUAAUAGAUUCUUCACUCCCAAUUCAUCUCUGCACUAAAAAAAAAAAAAGAGAGUAAAUUUAUACAGUCACCGUUAAGUCUUUUGGGUCCGCUCUCCACCUUCUGUUACGGACACCAUCUCCGCCGUGAAAUUCUUCAUAGAUCUUCUCCUACCUUUUGGAAUCUAACAAAGUCUUGAAAGACGUUUCGUUUUGGAGCAUAAAGAUUUGAUCGUUCUUUCUUUCUUUAUAUAAGAUACAUAAAAAAUUUAGAUUAGAAAGGAAAGCAGGGUGUUUUCCUAAUGGCGCCAAGCACAAUCCGUAAAGCGAUCGGGGCUGUGAAGGAUCAGACGAGUAUAAGCAUAGCCAAAGUGGCGGGGAACAUAGCGCCGGAACUGGAAGUUUUGGUGGUGAAAGCCACAAGCCAUGAUGAAGAUCCGGCUGAUGAGAAGUAUUUCCGGGAGAUCAUAAGCCUCACAUCAUAUGCUAGGGGUUAUAUUAGUGCUUGUAUAGCUACGGUGUCGAAAAGAUUGCGUAAAACCCAUGAUUGGAUUGUGGCACUUAAGUCUUUGAUGCUUGUUCAUAGGCUUUUGGUUGAUGGGAACCCUUGUUUUGAAGAGGAGAUUGUGUAUGCAACUAGGAGAGGAAUGAGGGUUUUGAAUAUGUCUGAUUUUAGGGAUGAGGCGCAUUCGAAUUCGUGGGAUCAUGCUGGUUUUGUUAGGUUUUAUGCUAUGUAUCUGGAUGAGAAGGUUGAAUUUUCGGUGUUUGAGAAGAAGAAGAGAGAUGGGGAGGACAAGUUUGCUGAGAGAGAUGAGCGGAAUAGGCGUGAGUAUGGUGAAUUUAGGGAUGAUUAUGACCGAGAAACUGAUAGGAGAUCGAGGUCUUACGGUGAUUUGAAUGAUUCUUUAAGAAAAGAUGGUAGGAAAGAGGGAACACCAAUGAGGGAAAUGAGGCCAGAGAGGGUUGUAGGGAGGCUGCAUCAGUUGUUGAGGAUUCUUGAUAGAGUGUUGGGUUGUAGGCCAGCCGGUAUGGCGAAAGAUAGCAGGUUGGUUCUUGUUGCAUUUUAUCAAAUUUUGAAGGAGAGUUUCGGGCUUUAUGUCGAGAUAUGUGAAGCAUUAGGGAUUUUGUUGGAUAGGUUUACUGAGAUGGAGUACGUGGAUUGUGUUAAGGGUUUUGAUGCUUAUGUUAGCGCUGCAAAGAUGAUUGAUGAGCUUGUUGGGUUUUAUGGUUGGUGUAAGGACGUUGGAAUUGCUAGGUCAUCCGAGUAUCCCGAAGUGCAGAGAAUUACAGAUAAGCUUUUGGGUACACUUGAUGGAUUUUUGAAGGAAAUGGCCAAUGGCCAGAAGAGUCUGGAGAGUCUCAGGGAAGAGAAACCACCGGUUAAGGAGGAGCCUGAAACAAACAUGAAUGAAAUAAAGGCUCUUCCUGCACCUGAGAAUUAUAACCCACCUCCUCCACCACCUGAACCUGAACAACCUAAGACUGUCCCACCGCAGGUUACAGAGGACCUUGUGAAUCUAAGGGACGAUGCGGUUUCAGCUGAUGAGCAAGGGAACAAAUUGGCGUUGGCUUUAUUCUCUGGACCACCCACCUCAAAUGCUAAUGGUUCGUGGGAAGCAUUUCCUUCAGAUGGAGAGCCAGAGGUGACUUCUGCAUGGCAAACACCAGCUGCUGAGCCUGGUAAAGCGGAUUGGGAAUUGGUGUUGGUUGAGUCAGCUAGUAAUUUAUCGAAGCAGAAAGCUGGAUUAGCAGGUGGUUUUGAUCCGUUGUUACUGAAUGGCAUGUAUGAUCAGGGGGCGGUGAGGCAGCAUGUGAGCUCCAGACAGCUAAGUGGUGGGAGUGCAAGUAGUGUUGCGAUGCCUGGCCCUGGCAAGGCCGCUACUCAAGUGCUGGCUUUGCCUGCCCCGGAUGGCACAGUGCAGCCAGUAGGACAGCAGGAUCCUUUUGCCGCAUCGCUUACAGUGCCACCGCCUUCGUAUGUGCAGAUAGCGGACAUGGAGCAGAAGCAGCAGCUACUGGUACAGGAGCAACAGCUAUGGAAUCAAUACGGAAGGGAUGGAAUGCAAGGGCAAUCAAGUUUGGCCAAGAUCACAGCAAGUUCCGUCUACUAUGGUGCUGCUGCACAACCGGUAAUGAUGCCGUAUGGGAUGCCACAAGUGAAUGGCAUGGGGCAGGCAGGAGGGUACUAUUAUCCGCCCUACUAAAAUACACAUUGUAAUCAUGGUUCAACAUUAUAACAAUCACAUCAACCAUCUUCGUUGAUGUAUUUUGGAAUUAUAUAAUAUUCUUGCAUUGGAGUUUACAUGUAUUUACAGCUAUAAACUAUGCAGUGCAAGUAUCAUGUUUUCCUUUUA